AUGUGCUGCAUUUCCCCCUGUUUGUGCCCCUCCCCCCUGCAUGCUCUCCAUCCCCCUGCACAUGCCCACCCCCUGCACAUGCCCACCCCCUGCACAUGCCCACCCCCUGCACAUGCCCACCCCCUGCACAUGCCCACCCCCUGCACAUGCCCACCCCCUGCACAUGCCCACCCCCUGCACAUGCCCACCCCCUGCACAUGCCCACCCCCUGCACAUGCCCACCCCCUGCACAUGCCCACCCCCUGCACAUGCCCACCCCCUGCACAUGCCCACCCCCUGCACAUGCCCACCCCCUGCACAUGCCCACCCCCUGCACAUGCCCAACCCCUGCACAUGCCCCAUCCCCUGCACAUGCCCCAUCCCCUGCACAUGCCCCAUCCCCUGCACAUGCCCCAUCCCCUGCACAUGCCCCAUCCCCUGCACAUUCCCCAUCCCCUGCACAUGCCCCAUCCCCUGCACAUGCCCCAUCCCCUGCACAUGCCCCAUCCCCUGCACAUGCCCCAUCCCCUGCACAUGCCUGCAUGCAUCGCUCCCUGCAGCGCCCUGGGAGCAGACGGCUGCUUGCUCACCGGCACCGUGGACGAACUCUCGUGGCUCUCCUCCCUCUCCGCCCUGCACACACUGCACCUGAGCGCCCUGGCGGAGGUCACAGGGGACCUCUCUUCCUUCGCCAUGCUGUCGCACAUCGACACCCUCCAGGACCUCAUGCUUCGAGGCUUCAGCGGGGCCACAGGGGAGAUCCCCAGGGAGAUCCGCUACAUGACUGCCCUCACUGCACUUGACCUCUCGUAUCUGCGUGCCGUGGAGUUCCCCAACUGGGUCACCCACCUCUCCAACCUUCAGUCCCUGAACCUGAACACGGACGAGCCGCGGCGACAGGGGCUGCUGGCAGAAGACAUGUCCGAGCUCACAGCACUCACGCGCCUAUCACUGUUUGGCAACAAUCUGGAAGGUUCCCUGCUCAAGGGCUGGUCCACUCUGGUUAACCUGGCUGACCUUAAUCUGGGGUUCAACCAUCUUCAAGGCACAAUACCGGCAACGUUCUCUGCCCUCACAGCCCUCACUGCACUAGACCUGUCGUGGAACUAUCUCUUUGGUACAGUACCUCCUGUCUUCAGCUCCAAUGUCAAUUCCAUACUGCUUGGAUACAACGCCUUUGACGGGCCCAUCCCACCACACCUGGCACUGCCCAGCUUGACCCAGCUAAGCAUUGCCAACAACCGCUUCUCUGGAUCGUUCCCCGAGUCUCUGUUAAAACUGCCAAGCCUUGUUCUAAUGGAUCUGAGCAACAACAGUUUCACGGGGUCCAUUCCCAAGCGCCUUACGAAGCUUGCUCAGCUGAUAGACAUCAACCUGAACAACAACAAGUUCCACGGGGUUAUCUCUCCGCGUCUCUUUCAGCUCUCCAUGCUCGACUCACUGCAAGUGGCCAACAACUUCCUCUCGGGGGGCCUUCCAGCGUCUCUGCGUGCCUCAUCCUCUCUUAAAACACUUAGCCUGCCAGGAAACGGGUUCACAGGUCCUUUGCCCGACUUCUCGCUCUGGAGUGUCAGCCUUGAGAACCUGGCUCUCAACCACAACAACUUCACAGGGCCCAUUCCUGACUCUAUCUCCACCCUCUCCAGCUUGAAGGCCAUCGUACUCAACAACAACCAGCUGGCCGGGUCCAUUUCAUCGGCCAUCUUCAACAUGACCAAUCUCGUUUCCCUCUACCUCGCCAACAACCAUCUGAGUGGCAGUCUGCCGUCUGACAUCAGUCGUCUGGAGAAGCUCGAGCAGCUCUGGUUGGACAACAACAGCAUUGAGGGUCCUGUGCCCCCUGCCAUCUGCUCCCCUGCGCGACUCUGGCGCAUCAUGAUGGGCAAUAACUACCUCUAUGGGCCCCUGCCAGAGUGCAUCUUCGACAAGUGUGUCAAUCAGCUCGAUGUGAGCAACAACAGCCUGUAUGGGCGCAUCAACCGCAACUUCAAGAGCAUGGUGGCGGAUGGGGAAGCGCUCAUCAACUUGGCUCACAACUUCUUCUUCGGUGAUGCCGUGCUCCUCGCUGCCGGCUGCCAGGUCUGCCCCGCUGAGAUCACCCAGCCCAACAACCUCGUCCUUUCGGACCUUAGCAGUGGCAGGGGAGCGGGGAAGUGUGUCGAUGGCAUAUCCGGCACUCGAGAUUACUCGGUGGCAGGGGAAGGCAAGGGUGCGAGGGUGAGUGUGGCGGGCAACUGCCUGACGCUCAGCCCGGACGCGGAGUGCGCAGCCAACGCCACCCAGCGCAGCACGGCAGCCUGCCAGGCGUUCUGCAGCAUCACGGACAACGGCCCGUGUGACGGCCAUGGGGAGUGCGUGCCGCCUGCCCCCGCCUCCCCCUCCAACUUCACCUGCGUCUGCCGUCCCGGCUUCUCUGCCCUCGACUCGGGCAACGGCUCCACGUGCGCCGUUGUGAAAGCCGGCUCUAGUGUGUCCUCGCUCUCCACGGGCGCCAUAGUGGGCAUCACUGUGGGCUGCUUUGCUGGCUUCGUUCUGCUGGCUGCUGUGCUCUCAUGCCUGCUGUGGCCCCGCGGACCAAGGAAGUGGGAGGGGCUGGACGUGUGUGAGCAGUACACGCUGCAGCAGAUGGUGAAGGCAACAGACAACUGGGCCAAGGGCAACGUGCUGGGCAAGGGAGCCUUUGGCAUCGUGUACAAGGGGUUCUCGCCGCAGGGGCAGACGUGGGCCAUCAAGCGCUCCACUGUGAUGACCAACGACUUUGAAAUGGAGGUGCGGGCCAUGGCAUCUCUCCACCAUGUGAAUCUGGUGCGGCUGCUGGGCUUCUGCCAGGAUCUGAACGUGGAGACGGGCAAUCAGGAGCAGAUCUUGGUGUACGAGUUUGUGGCUAACGGAGACUUGCAGCACCACAUUUACAGGAGCGAGAACCCUCUUUCGCUGCGCGACCGACUGCGAAUCGCGCAAGGAGCAGCGGAGGGGCUGGCAUACCUGCAUGGGUUUGCGACGCCCAUCAUCCACCGCGACAUCAAGCCCGCCAACAUCCUCGUGACGGCCGACAUGCAAGCCAAGGUGGCUGACUUUGGGCUGCUCAAGCGCAUCACUCACGGGGAGGAUAAUCAGACCAGAGUGGCCGGCACUCCCGGCUAUGUGGACCCUGAGUACAACCGCACUCGCGUGGUUACCACCAAGAGCGAUGUCUUCAGCUUUGGCAUUGUGCUUCUGGCACUGGUGACUGGCAGGCCCCCUCGGGUUGAAGAGAAACACAUACGAACAUGG